AUGGCGAGAGGUGUAGCUGGAGUUUUGCGUAGAGCGUAUACUUCGAGAGUUAGGUUUCUGUUAUCGACCCGAAAUUUACAUUCUUUUGGAGAAACUGGUUGUAGAUCGCUAGCUAAUCCCCAAUUUGAUGAGCCCACCACGAGCCGGUUUGCUUCAGAUAAUCCGAUUCGAGCUCAGCGUCAAUGGAACGAUUACAGAUUUGGGGGUUUUGGGUUUGGUAAAGUUAGGAGCUUUUCGUCAACGGUGGAUACUAAUGGCGAAAACGAUGAGAAAGCUGAAUCUGAUUGUGAAGAAGGUCUUGGCUCUGAGAGUGAGGAUUAUGAUGAGGAAAGUAUGGUUAAUGAGCUUGGUGAAGUAGAUGAAAGCUUGAUAAAUGAUUCAGCGGUUUCUGAGAUUGGUGAGAAUGUUACAGAGAGUAGUGAAGCUGCUCGUGCUUUAAACGCGAGGUAUCAAGAUCCUGUGGAGCUAUACAGAGAGCUUAGGCAAAGUGAAGUGCGUGCUAAGCUUCAGAGUAGUGAAUUGGAUACGUUAAGUGAGAUUUUCAGUUACUUUGCACAAUCAAGUUGGGGAGCUAAUCAGGCUCUUGCUAUCUAUAUCGGGAGAUCGUUUUUUCCAACUGCUGUUAGCAAGUUCCGAGACUUCUUUGUAUCGAAAUGUAAGAUUGAGGUUGUUCAAGAUCUUGUUCGCGUUGGAGCUACGGAUGAAGCUGUCAAGUUCUUGUUCCCUGUGUUUGUCGAGUUCUGUAUUGAAGAGUUUACAGAUGAGAUCAAACGUUUCAAGAGCGUUGUUGAUUCUGCAGACCUCACGAAACCUGCGACUUGGUUCCCAUUUGCUCGAGCGAUGAAGCGGAAGAUCGUUUACCAUUGUGGACCGACGAACAGUGGCAAGACUUACAAUGCUUUGCAGAGGUUUAUGGAAGCUAAGAACGGUUUGUAUUGCAGUCCGCUUAGGUUGUUAGCUAUGGAGGUUUUUGAUAAAGUUAAUGCUUUAGGGAUUUACUGUAGUCUCUUGACUGGUCAAGAGAAGAAGCAUGUUCCUUUUGCAAACCAUGUUUCUUGCACUGUUGAAAUGGUGUCUACGGAUGAGUUGUAUGAAGUUGCUGUGGUUGAUGAGAUACAAAUGAUGGCUGAUCCUAGUAGAGGUCACGCUUGGACCAAAGCUUUGCUUGGAUUGAAAGCAGACGAGGUUCAUUUAUGCGGAGAUCCGAGUGUUUUGGAGAUUGUGCGUAAGAUGUGUGCUGAUAUAGGAGAUGAGUUGGUUGAAGAGCAUUACGAGAGGUUUAAGCCUUUGGUUGUGGAAGGUAAGACUUUGUUAGGAGAUCUUAAGAAUGUUAAGUCUGGUGAUUGUGUUGUUGCCUUCUCAAGAAGAGAGAUCUUUGAAGUUAAGAUGGCUAUUGAGAAGCACACGAAGCAUCGCUGCUGUGUUAUCUACGGUGCGUUGCCUCCUGAGACGAGGAGGCAUCAAGCGAAUCUGUUUAACGAGGAAGGAAACGAGUAUGAUGUGUUGGUUGCAAGCGAUGCUGUUGGAAUGGGGUUGAAUCUCAACAUAAGACGUGUUGUGUUCUACAGUUUGAACAAGUAUAAUGGUGACAAGAACGUUCCUGUACCGGCUUCACAGGUGAAACAGAUCGCUGGAAGAGCUGGAAGGAGAGGAAGUCGUUAUCCAGAUGGACUCGCAACGACGCUGCACUUGGAAGAUCUCACCUAUCUGAUUGAGUGUUUGCAGCAACCGUUUGAUGAAGUUAAGAAAGUUGGGCUCUUCCCUUUCUUUGAACAGCUUGAGCUUUUCGCUGCUAAAGUUCCUGACAUGGCGUUUUCGAAGCUCUUGGAUCAUUUUGGGAAGCAUUGUAGACUUGAUGGUUCUUACUUCUUGUGCCGUCAUGAUCAUGUCAAGAAAGUGGCAAACAUGUUGGAGAAAGUUGAAGGAUUGUCACUAGAAGACCGGUUUAACUUCUGUUUUGCGCCGGUUAAUGUCAGGAAUCCGAAGGCGAUGUAUCAUCUGUAUCGGUUUGCUUCGACUUAUAGCCAAGAUAUGCCGGUUAAUGUGGCCAUGGGGAUGCCAAAGAGCUCUGCUAGGAACGAUACAGAGCUGUUGGAUUUGGAGAGCAGACAUCAGGUUUUGUCUAUGUAUCUUUGGCUGUCUAACCAAUUUGAAGAGAAGAAUUUUCCGUUUGUGGAGAAGGUUGAAGCAAUGGCGACGAAUAUUGCAGAGUUGUUGGGUGAGUCUUUGACUAAAGCUAAUUGGAAGAUGGAGACUAAGGAAGAGAUAUUGAAGGGUCAGAAGAAGGAAGAUAGAGGAUAUGACAGACCAACUUCAAUAAUCAAGAGGAAAGCAGAAAAUUUUGGUGUGAAGGAGAGUCCUAAGAAAGUAGUUUCAUAG